AUGGCGCAGCGUCCUAUACCCCCACUAGGCAAGUUAAAAACCCCAGUCAAUGAUCACGACAAUCUAUCACGUCUUCGGCCGCGGCCUCGACCAUCCCCAAGUCGUCGGAUCAAAGCUGUCCAAAAGAAGCGAGACAUUUAUCAGGAACCAUCUGUUGGGUUUGCAAUGCAGCAGAACCUGAAAUCGCUCAUGUGA